AUGGAGGAUCAGCGCAGGCCGAGUCAUGCCGCGGGAUAUCCAGCCUCGGCCGACACCAAGCGCGGCGGCAACUUGGCUGCCGCCGACACCGAGGGCGGCAGGGCACUGGCUGCCGCAAGGCGUGCCCAGCGCCGUCUCGGCCUCAGGAAAAGCCAGCGCGCACCAAGAGAAAUCCGGCCUCUGCCGACAGUAGAGGCCGCCGGUCCUCGCCGCCGCCGACGAGAAGUUCGGACGUUCCGCGGGACAUUCGGCCACAGCCGACAUGGAGGGCCGCCGGCCCUUCGCCGCCGACGAGAAGUUCGGACGCGCCGGGAUAUCCAGGCUCUGUCGACACCGACGGCGGCAGGGCGCCGGCUGCCGCAAGGCGGGCCUAGCGCCGUCUCGGCCUCAGGAAAAGCCAGCGCGCACCGAGGGAAAUCCGGCCUCUGCCGACGGUGGAGGCCGCCGGGCCUCGCCGCCGCCGACGAGAAGUUCGGACGUUCCGCGGGAUAUUCGGCCACAACCGACUUGGAGGGCCGCCGGCCCUUCGCCGCCGUCAAGCGGGACUAG